UGAACGUAAAUAAUCGAUUUGCCUACGAGGAGACGCGGCAGAGUGAUGGGACCCAAGUGAAGGAGCAGGAGCGCGCGAUCACUCUCCAGGGCUGGAUGUGAAGGAUGGCCUCGUGCUCAGAUAUCUGUGGAUCGGGGCACACGGAGCAGAGACAGGGCGCGGUCAACGGCGGCCACCAGCGAUACGGCGUCCGCUCCUACCUGCACCACUUCUACGAGGAGUGCACCGCCUCCAUCUGGGAGCGCGAUGAGGAUUUUCAGAUUCAGAGAUCGCCGAGCAGGUGGAGCUCUGUCUUCUGGAAGGUCUCUCUCGCGUUCGGGACCGUGAUCCUGACGUCCGGGCUGAUCGCGCUGACCGUCGGCUACGCUGUCCCCUCCAAGAUUGAGGCCUUCGGGGAGGGCGAGCUGGUGUUCGUGGACAGCCGCGCCGUGCGCUUCAACCAGGGGCUGCACCUCAGCAAGCUGGCCGGCGCCGCCCUCUUCUGCGCGGGCGGCAUCCUGAUGGCCGCGGGCCUCCUCCUGUCCGCCUUCGCCGCAGACCACUCCAAGGAGGAGGCACGCCUGCAGCACAAGUUCAAGGAGAGGAUAGCGGAGCUGCAGUCCGCCAUCCUCCCCAUCACGAAAGCACCUACUCCGGGCGAGAGUAAGAUACCUGUAACGCUGUCCAAGGUGCAGAACGUCCAGCCCACCUCUUGAGACCCGAUGGCUCGCUUAGCCGUUAAUUCCGUGUGACAUUUGUCCUCUCCUCACCUUUAAGGUCAGCUUACGCGAUUAGGCAAAAUACUGAGAUGCAGCGUGGCCCUUAUUUCAAGGCUAGACCCUCCAAUGAAUACUAAUUGGAUAACAUUGGAUAGAAAGGAUAAAACAAAUUGCUGUCCAAUGCUGUUCAAUUACUACCUAAUUAAUUUCUAUCACUAUAAUGCUGUAGGUAGUUUUCAGCGUCAAAGCACAGACCUCCCAGUCAUAUUGUUAUUUUUCUUUUUUUUCUGUUUCCAGGACACUUGAAGCAGAGUCAACUUGAUCGUGUGCAAUGUGUUGAAUAGCUGUAACACUUUUUAAAAGCCUCAAUUUUGGUGGAUUCUAAUUCCCACUAUCAAUGCCUCUCUGGCUUGUCAGGUCUCAGGUAGUCUCCCUCUGUACUUGAGGUGAUGUGAUGUCUGACAGAAAAAUUGCAGACAGUUUGAGCAGCUGAGUUCUCCAAGAUAAGCUCAACAUUAAAGUUGGAAAAAAUCACCAUGUUUUAAAUUUAUGGGAAUGUAGGAAAAAGUUUUUAUUUUUGUAUUUAUCUCCGUAAUCAAUUUAACACCAUUGCCAGAGGCACCUGAUAAAUGGCAUAUUGAUUUCUGGAAAACAUUAUCACACUUGCUGUGCUGCAUCCAGGCCAGAUCGCACUUCUUUAUUCAGUUAUUUCCUUGUCAGUUUGCCUGCUGGCGCACGAGUGAUUCGCAAAACAAAAUCAAUGGAUGCAAUCCAGAGUGUGAUAUAGGUCUGAAUGCUACAGUGGUUAACAAAAAUUUCUUUACUGUCCCGCCUAAUGUAAUGGGCACAAGUUAACAUGCAGCAACACAACAACCAUCACAUUAGAAACAAUUUGUUGUGUUUUAUGCAUAAAAAAUAUAUUUCCUAGCAAACAGAGUAAACAGUUUCCUGCAUUUGUUAUGUAUAGUACCGAAAUUCUUCCUGUGACUAAAUUUUAUACCAACACAAAAUAGCCCACUUCUACAUCUACUUGAUAUGGAGAAUUUCCUCUCAUGGACCACGGGUUACUUUUAGAAUACAUUUAUUUUAGUUCUGGACACUGCUGAAACACAGCAUUGUUUGUUUUAAUGAGUUCAAUUCAAAAUACUUUCAAAAGUUGAAGUAAUGACCUGUUACCUUUAACAUGUUGUCAGAUCCCUUAUGUAAAUCUUUUAUUCAGUUUUAUAAUGAAACAGUUUUGUUCUUUGUCUCAUUGUGAAGGUAGAAGGUAGAUUUGUGCUAUUAAUGUCAGUUGUUUGAGUACAGAUUAGAUUUAUAAUAUCACUGAAUACUGUGCAAAAAAGGGUUACUUAUAAAUGUGUGUUAAUAUGUCACAUAACUUUACAAACGGAUUCAUUUAAUUGCAGUAUGUUUUAUACAGUAACAUACCCAAUAUACACUUGGUUAAACGAAAGGCAGGUGCAGCAGAAGACCAUUCUUUAAAUAUACUCUACAGCCCUCUUACAAAUUAAUUUCAUUGUUAUAUCCCAUUUUUGUCAGUUCUUA